UCUGCUCCUCCCCUUGUGCAAACAGGGUGAAGCAGAUAAGGGCACUGCCCAGGAAAUGCUGCCGUGUCCCACGUGGCCUCGGCUCCAAGGGUGUCCGGUGCGUGCCACCAGGGCCCGGCUGGCACAUGUCCCUGUGCCGUGGUACAUGUCUACCACUGCCACAUGUUUGUCCCCAGUGACGCUGUGCCUGUGCCAUGAUGGCUUGGGUCAAGGUUCUUCCUGACCCAGGGUUUCUGGGAUCUGAUAUUGGCCAAAUCCCGGUUUUCUGGUCCUCUGUGUAUGGUAAAACCAGCUGAAAAAUUAGCACCAGGAGCCGGGGCUGGUGCCAUCGCCCCGCACGAGGCCUGGUCUGCCCCUGCUGUGUCUUUGCUGACCAGGUCUCUCCUCCAUGCUCUAGGUACAGCACAUGGGGCAGAAGCAUCAUCGUCUCCAUCCAGUUCAGUCACAGCCACCAGCCUGGGGACACCCGAUGUGUCUCCGUCUGGCUCUGACAUGGGGACGGCUGAUGUGUCUCCAUCCAGCAAUGCAGCAGCGUCUACAACACCUCCUCCCAGCCCAGACACCACAGUGUCCCCAUCCAGGACACCAGCCUCGACGGUGCUUAAUACACCUUCGUCUGACACAGCUGCGACAUCAGAUCCAGCAGAACCUACAUCUUCAUCCGACCCAGCCACGGCAUCAUCUCUCUCUGGGAUAACAGGAUCACCAGGAUCUCUGACAAGCCCAUCCGACACGACCACGGCACCAUCUACAUCCAGGACACCGGGCUCGGUGGAAGCAACAUCUCCAUCCGACGCAACCACGGCACCGUCUUCAUCGCACCCGGCCGUGUCCAGCUCUUCGGCCACAGGACAUCCCUCCAGCUCCACGGCAGCACCAGCCCCAUCCUCACCUGGCUCCUCUGAGCCCUCUCCUGCUGCCAGCUCACCCACAGUGAGCCCCGGUUCCAGCAGCACCUUGGCCACCAGCGCCAGAACGACACCGGCCAUCGGCACCAGCGCCGUGGUUGACAGUUUGGCGCAAUCCCCCACCAAGCCCAGUCCUGCCGUGGUCGCCAUCAUCUGCCUCUUUGUCUGCGUGCUGGUGGGGGGAGCAGCGGUGCUGCUGGUGCGGCUGGGCCGGCGCAGGACCCCCGGCUUCCAACACUUGGACGAGGUGCCCAUGAGCAACCCAGGUGACCCCCGGCCGCGGUUCCCCCACGCUGCUGAAUAAAGAAGCUGCUGCCUUGGC